UGCCAGGCACUUUUAGUUGCAGCUUAAGCGAUGACCGUCUCCCUUGUGCUCCCGUUUACCCUCCUUCUCGCCAGCAGUUUCCUCCUCUCCGGACCCUCCUUUGCCGAGCCAGAGGCUGCCGUGGAGCUGGGAGAGGCAGUCCUGACGCUUGAUGCCGGCAACUUCUCGGAGGUGGUGGCCAAGCACCAUUUCAUCGUCGUCGAGUUCUACGCGCCGUGGUGUGGCCACUGCAACCAACUCGCUCCAGAGUACGAGAAGGCAGCCGCUGUUCUGAGGAAGCACGGCCCGCCAGUGGUGCUUGCGAAGGUGGACGCGUACGACGAAAGGAACAAGGAGAUCAAGGACAAGUACCAGGUCCACGCAUACCCCACCAUCAAGAUCAUAGAGAACGAAGGGAACAACGUGCGUGGUUAUGGUGGUCCGAGGGAUGCAGGUGGCAUCGUGGAGUACCUCAAGAAGCAGGUCGGCCCGGCUUCCAUCGAGCUCAGAUCGGCGGAGGAGGCCGCUCACGCCAUUGGUGACAAGGGGGUGGUUCUUGUAGGAGUUUUCCCCAAGUUUGCCGGUGUGGAUUAUGAUAAUUUUAUGGCCGUGGCAGAGAAGAAGCGGUCAGAUUAUGAUUUCUUUCACACGUCAGACGCUGGUAUUCUGCCGCGUGGUGAUCAGGCCAUCAAGGGCCCUGUUAUUCGUCUCUUUAAACCAUUUGACGAGCUCUUUGUUGAUUCUCAGGAUUUUGAUAAGGAUGCUCUUGAAAAAUUCAUUGAGGUGUCUGGUUUCCCUACUGUAGUUACAUUCGAUGCUGAUCCAACCAACCAUAAGUUUCUUGAGAGAUACUACAGCACUCCUAGUGCCAAAGCGAUGCUCUUCUUGAACUUCAGUGACAACAGAAUCGAGGCCUUCAAGAGUCAGAUUCAAGAUGCAGCUAAGAAAUUCAGUGCAAAUAACAUAAGUUUUCUAAUUGGUGAUGUUGAAGCCGCUGACCGUGCCUUCCAGUACUUUGGGCUCAAAGAGAACGAUGUGCCCCUCCUUUUUGUGAUCGCACAGGGUGGGAAAUAUCUCAAUCCAACUAUUGACCCUGAUCAAGUUAUACCCUGGUUGAAGCAGUACAUAUAUGGAAACUUGAUGCCUUAUGUUAAGUCAGAGCCAAUCCCAAAGGUGAAUGACCAACCUGUUAAGGUUGUUGUGGCUGACAGCAUCGACGACAUUGUUUUCAACUCUGGCAAAAAUGUACUGCUCGAGUUUUAUGCUCCUUGGUGUGGCCAUUGCCGGAAGCUGGCCCCGAUCUUGGAGGAAGUUGCAGUCUCAAUGCAAGACGACGAAGACGUCGUCAUUGCAAAGAUGGAUGGCACUGCAAACGAUAUCCCUACCGACUUUGCGGUCGAGGGGUACCCCACGAUCUACUUCUAUUCGACCACCGGGGACCUCUAUUCGUACAACGGCGGGAGGACGGCCGAGGACAUCAUCAGUUUCAUCAAGAAGCACAAGGGCCCAGAAGCUGGUGCAGCGGAGGAAGUGACACAGACGGGUGCCGGUGCUGUACAAGAGGACAUCACACCUUCAUCGCCGUCUGAAGACUCAGAACUUCUGAAAGACGAGCUCUAACAAAGACACCGUACUUAUCUUUUUGUCGUUCAGUAACUCCUCGAUCUGUUCUACGUCUUUUGCUCAGAAGCAUCUCGAGUGCAGUAAACCGGGAAGCGCUCUGCAGACCACAGAUUACUCUGAUCAAAUGUUCAGAUCAGUUUGUGUUAUCGUGUAGUGAAACUCAUACGAGGUUCAGAGACAAGAGUUUCAGUUGUUAGUUGGCAGAAAUUGUUCUGGAAGCCGUUUGUCCCAGAUUGUCACUGCUAAAUGUAUUAAGGCCAUUAGUUGUUCGUCUUGAAAUUUGCUGUCGUUCGUGAGUCGUAAUUCAUAAUAACAAUACUUAAUUGAAUAAGGCCAUUGCAGUCCCUA